UCUUCUGCUACCGCCACAAUCUAGAAUUUCACUCUAAUUUAUGCUGCCCCGCACCAUGCGACAUGUAUCUUUACUUCUUUCUUUCUUUCUUUCACCCACCACCUUGCGUGCAUAUGCAUUACUGAGCUGGUCUAAUCACGCCCUGGGUGCGUUUUCUGACGACGUUGUCCUACCACUCUUUUCUUCAAGUCCUUCUCUAUACGACUGGUUCGUCGUCGUUGAGCGAUGCUGAGAAACUCCUCUCCUAAAUUCGUGAAAAAGGCUCUUUGGGGGUCCAGGCUGAAGAUAGUGUAUACUAGGAUUACCUUGACCAGAUUCACCUUGCUCUACUUCAUUGUCGCUUUCUUGACUUGUGUGGUUUUGGUUGGUCUCCAAGGCCUGGCCUACUACGAUAACUCCAAUGCCGCCAAUCUCAUCUCCGACAUCUUAAUCGAGGCCAACGUUACCAAUGGUUUGACGAUCUUAUCAGGCAACUUGCUGCAAUACUGCCAUGAUAUUCCGAGCGAGCGGGAUUCCAACUGCGUUCCUAUUCGACCUGGUAACUUGACCUCUGCCAUCACUGGCAACACGACAGAUGAAUUCAUGCUGCGCGGUGAUUCAGCUCACUCUUUUGCCAAGCGCGAUCUCCCUACCGUUCUACCGGUUUUCAAUAGUUCCGGAGCUAUGGUUGGCGUCAAGGUUGCAGACAGUGUGUUACCUGUCCCAUGUUUGCAGUCUUUCAGUUGGCUUGGGGAUGUCCUUCAAGACUCAAGGAAAGAAGAUGUCGUUACCUUGCUAUACCAGAUUUGGAUGCUGAGCCUCUCAAUCAUCGCUAUAUUGAACGAGUCUCUUCCGCAUCUCGGAGCGCCUUUGGCUGGUCACAUACUCGGAACAGCUUGGGCAAGUUUCCGCGUUUCAAGCUCGAAACAUUUACAGGCUCGGUAUAACCGGUUCAUUGUGCAUGGCACCUGUGAUGGCAUCGAUCUUUUGCAAGAUUGGUGGACCAUUCGAACGAGACAUACGAUCCCCGUUGUCGUCCUCAAUGGUGUUGCGCUUCUGACACUGCUUUAUUUGUCUGCCAAUCUCUACAAGGUCUACGCGAACCAAUCGUUUAGUCGUGUUGGUGGUUCGCCUGAAAUCAAUAGAAUAUACAAAUUCGUUCUUUUGUUUUCCGUGAUGCUACAAUUAGCUGGGUUUUUUGCCCUUGCUGCCACUGGGAUGUGGAUAGACAAGAUCUCUGGAGGCAGCAUCCGACGUGUUGCCCGACAUCUUCCUCUGUAUCUUGCUGUUUUUGGCGUAACCGCAGCGUGUGAACUUCCAUGGGUAGUUCUGGGAUGGAUUUCUGUCCGGCGAGAAUAUCGUCGUUUAUUCGUUGUUUUCGGUGUCCUUUCUCUGUUUCUUCUAGGCGUUUCAACCUUCAUGUUUGCCAGUCCGCUGUAUCGCUUCAUUUUCAUGUCUUGGCCUUUUUUUGCCACCAUGACCGUGACCACUUACAUUCUCCUGGUCGCUACCUCAGCUUUGGGUGUUGUUUGCCGCCUACACUUUGACAAAGGCCUGGCACAGUUUUUGAGAGUCAGCGACACCCUUGAAGGCAUGGAUUUUACACCGGCGUACUUCUCCAAGAAUGUCAAUGAUGUCGAUGACAUAGUCGGACUUAAGCGUUCGGCAUCUGAAAAGUCCUACGCAUCGUCGAAGAAAGUACCAUUGGACGAGAAGGAGAUGCCUGACAUCCAGGAACCGUCGGCCGCUCAUUUCGAAACGAGAGCUGGCUAUUCUCUUUCGGUGUAUUCCGAUUCUAACCGACCUACCAUGAAAUUCACCUCCACUCCCAAAGUCGCACGGAGCCAACGCACUUCUACUGUAUCGACGGCCACUGCCCUUACAUCCUCCACGACUUCGACUUACAACAAGCAGUCACGUUCAACGACCAAAUCUACUUGGAAGGAGCAGUCCAACAGACCUCCGACCCGUCUGUUCCCUUUUCCCCAACGACAGGACACAGAGACUGCAUCGUUGGUAAAUUCUAUAACCACCGUUGUUCGCAAAGACUUGCCCGUCAUCAGCACGCCCAGGAGGAUGAAGUCUUCGCAGGCGAAAGACGCUGGCAUUAAGUCUUCCACAUCUACUUCGGCUUCGGCUGUCUCUAAGGAAUCGACUCCACCUCCAGGAGCCUCUUCUUCCGUUCCCGCCGUUAUUCGUCAGGACUCCCCUGAUAGUCUACGUGGACCGAGAUUGCCGGCGAGCCCUCGUCCGUCGAAGCCCUUGUAGUUAAGAGUGGUUGCUAGUCAUCAUCGUGCCAACAUACUUUCAUACUGAUACUACUUGAUCCCAUCUUUUGUACUGGUAACACUGUUAGCAUGGGUUACAAUAUGUCGUGUAAUACAAGAUAGAGUCUUGUCUGAUAUAUCCAU